GUGAUACGUUCACUAAAAAAAAAUCCUUUUGUAGCCCUUCAUCUAUUAAAAAAAAUCAAUAAGCUAAAUAAAAAAUCAGAAAAAGAAAUAAUAGUAACUUGGUCCCGUGCAUCUACUAUUAUACCUACAAUGAUCGGACAUACAAUUUCUAUUCAUAAUGGUAAGGAACAUUUACCUAUUUAUAUAACAGAUCUUAUGGUAGGUCACAAAUUGGGAGAAUUUGUAUCUACUUUAAAUUUCCGAGGACAUGCAAAAAACGAUACUAGAUCUCGUCGUUAA